AAAACUCAAAAAAACGGCGUACAUAAUAACAUUACGUCAGUCACCUUUAAACCUAAAAUCACGAAAACUCAGCUAAACCAGAGAACCGGAUAAAUUCGCGCGCGUCAUUAGACGGAUACCAUUAAAAUCGCGAGCGGAAAUUCCAUGAACGGUCACCAGCAGUAUCAGCACCAGCAACAGCAUCACAACCGCCAGCAACAGCACCAUCACCACCACCACCAACAACAACGGCUACUGGAACAGCACCAGCGUCUCUUGGAACAGCAACAGCGAUGCCUCCCGCAACAGAGCAGCCGACGUCCUUCUGCCGCCGCCGCCGCCUCCGCGGAGGUGUCGCCUAAUCCCGCGGCCGCUGUGCUCCGGCCGGCACAGACGUCGCCGCCGAAACACCGACCGCGAAUCGUACACCUGGACGACGAGGCGGCGCUGUCGGCGGCGCUGACCGCGGACGGUUACCGGUUGGGCUCGACCGUCGGCCACGGGUCGUACAGCAAGGUCCGCAUAGCGUACCGGACGGUGCCGGUGACGGCCACCAAGUCGUCCACGGCCCGGGUGGCGUGCAAGGUGAUCAACAAGCGGCGCGACGGCGGCACUUCGUCGUACGUCCGGAAGUUCUUGCCCCGCGAACUGGAUGUCCUGCGCACGGUCCGGCACCCGAACGUGGUCAGAACGCACCGGAUAUACGUGACGCCGAACACCGUCCACGUGUUCAUGGACUACUGCGAGAUCGGCGACCUGCUCAGCCACUUGCAACACGUCAAGAGCAUACCGCAGUGGCAGGCGCACACGUUUUUCCGGCAGAUAUGCGAGGCCGUGGAUUAUCUACACCAGAAAAACAUAUCGCACAGGGACAUAAAAUGUGAGAACGUGUUGUUAGAGAGCAUGCGGACCGUCAAGUUGACCGAUUUCGGGUUCGCCCGGUUGUGCGCUGACGAACGAGGCCGACGUCUGAUGAGCCAAACGUACUGUGGCAGUUCAUCGUACGCUGCACCUGAAGUGCUACAAGGUAUACCGUACGACCCGAUUUCCUAUGAUAUGUGGGCACUGGGAGUUGUACUAUACGUGAUGCUAUCGGACGCCAUGCCAUUCCCACACUCGAACCGACAACAGAUCGUUGCCAAUCAGAUUGCCAAAAAGUUCUCCAGACCUAAGAAACCAGUGUCUCGAGAAGCGUUGAAACUUAUCUCGAUUAUUUUAGAACCAGACGUUAAUAAAAGGGCAACUAUGAAUCAAGUAAAACAUCAUCCAUGGGUUAAACAACAAAAUCCAUAUCAUACUCAUUAAAUUAUUAAACGGAUUUAUAAGUUCUAUGAUAUAUCGAAGAUAAACUGACGAGAUCGGAGAUGCAUUGAAAAAGAACUAUAAAAGGACAGAACUAAAGAAGUAUUUAUUUAAAUUUUAGAGUGAAAAAAAAUUCUUAAAAAUUACAUACUCAAAAUCAGACACAAAUAAAAAUAAAAACACAUAUCUUA